UGGUGGGGUUACGUCACUUCCGCCAGGUUGUCAGAAGGAAAAGAUGCCCAAGGUGGUGUCGCGCUCGGUGGUCUGCUCCGACACCCGGGACCGGGAGGAAUAUGACGACGGCGAGAAGCCCCUGCACGUAUAUUACUGUCUGUGCGGCCAGAUGGUGUUGGUGCUGGAUUGCCAGCUCGAGAAACUGCCUAUGAGGCCCCGGGACCGGGCUCGUGUGAUUGAUGCGGCCAAACACGCCCACAAGUUCUGUAAUACAGAGGAGGAGGAGAACGUCUAUCUCCGAAGACCUGAAGGUAUCGAGCGACAAUAUAGGAAGAAGUGUGGCAAGUGCGGACUCCUCCUUUUCUAUCAGCACCAGCAGAAAAAUGCCCCAGUGACCUUCAUUGUGGAUGGGGCCGUGGUCAAGUUUGGACAAGGCUUUGGGAAAACCAAUAUCUACAGUCAGAAACAGGAGCCUCCCAAGAAGGUGAUGAUGACCAAACGGACGAAGGAUAUGGGCAAGUUCAGCUCAGUCACAGUCUCUACUAUCGAUGAAGAGGAAGAAGAGAUCGAGGCCAGAGAAAUUGCUGACUCCUAUGCCCAGAAUGCCAAAGUGAUUGAGAAGCAGCUGGAGCGCAAGGGCAUGAGCAAAAGAAGGCUGCAGGAGCUGGCUGAAUUGGAAGCCAAGAAAGCCAAGAUGAAGGGAACCUUGAUCGACAACCAGUUCAAGUGACAGAGACUUGUAAUGGGCCAAGAAGGGCUCCUCCAAUAUGUGUGGUCCCUCAACCUUCACCGGACCACUCACUGAUGCGAUAUCCAGCCUCUCAGACUUAACUCCAGUUUCUAACUGCGACACCACGGUCCCAGGCCAGGAGAAGAACUUUUAAAAACUCUUUCUGUACAUAAGUUUUCUCUAAGCUGUAUUGUAUCCAAUGGGCAUUCCACUUAAACUUUUACAAACUUUCUGCCAGCAACGGAAAUGGAUCCGUAUUCAGACUACUCCAUGCCUCAGUUCUGGUGGCAGUCGUGGUGUACUUUCUCAGGUCUGGGUGGAACCGUGAAGAGCAUCAAGAGCUCCUGUCCAACGGUCCAGGAGGUGGCCCCAUUCCAGGGCCUAGAUUUCUGCUGGAGGGAAAAGUCCAGGUGAUUUUGAAGCUACCCUCUGGAUUUUAGGGUUCGGAGUUGGCCUAUAGGCCUAUAGGGAGAUGAGAUCCUGUAGCACCAUUGUUUCAAAGCUGUGUGGGCCUUAAUACUAUUGAAGUAAGGAUAUGGGAGGAGUACUGUUUGAAAAGUAAUAAAGCACAAGAAAUGAC